AUGGCUUCUGUCGACCCCUCCCUCCAGGAUCCGCUCCUCGCCCUUCGCAGUGCGAUCGCAGCCGGCAGUCUUCCCACGCCAACCACCACCUCCGACCUCUCGGAUGAGAAUGCGACCGAGGACCUGGCCAAAGCUACCCAUCUGUACUUCCGCCAGCCGAUCCCACACACCAUUGCGCUGACGGCCCCGACGCGCUUUGUCUCCGCCUCGUCUGACUCCGCCGUCGAUCUCCGCAGCAUCUUCUUCGCUUGGCAGAAGAAAGACGUCGCAAUCCCCGAGUACAUCGCCUCCGCGCAGGAAUUGAACGAGUCGCUGAAGCAAAAGGAGCGCAGGGAAGGCGAGCCCGAGGCGAAGGUGCAGAAUCUGGUCUUCGUUGAGCGGCUGGAUCUCAUCACUUGGCUGGAAGGUGCCUCGGAUGAGAGUGAGUACAUCAAGCCCCUUGAGGGUGCGGCGGCGGCGGCCGCAGCUGCCGCUCCGGCGGACGCGUCGGCUACGAUCGCUCCUGGGGCCGUAGGUGGUGUCUCUGCGGUGCCUGGUGGUGUCGCCGGUGGUGCUCAGGCGGCUGUGGCUGCUCAGGCUGGACGGGCGCCCAAGGCGAUUGAUCCCAGAUUACAGGAGAUUUACAAUGGGGAACGGAAGAUGGGUGAUCGGAAUAGUGUCCUGCGGGGGAUCAAGCCUACCGAUUUCUCACACGUUCGCAAAGUAGCGGAGACCUUCCUCGGACGCAACCGCUCACGGACAGGACAAUACCCCCCCGGCGCGAAGCCCGGAAGCAAGCCGCAGCCCGUCGUGCCCGCCCCGUCCGCGGGACUCACUCAGCCCCGAAAGAGCGGCAGCUCCAAGAACCAAGACCCGAUCAUCCUCCUCUCCCCCUCCGCCUCGUCUCUCAUCCGCAUGUCGAACGUCCGCUCCUUCCUACAGGACGGCGUCUUCGUGCCCCCCGACCACCCGACCCUCGCCAUGCCCAGCUCCUCCAACAACCUCCUCUACAUCUACCGCCCCCUCCGCUCAGAGGGCGGUUCCACCUCCACCUCCCGCCCACCCGGGGGCACCCAGCCCGGAGCCGCCCCCAGGAAACCCACCCGCUCCAUCCUCGUCGACAGCUCCGCCAACUUCCGUCCUGUCCACUG